CUACUACUACUACUACUACUACUACUACUACUACUACUACUACUACUACUACUACUACUACUACUACUACUACUACUACCGUUUCCGCUGCUACUACCUCUGCCAUCACUUCCACUCAAGUCUGACUGGAGGCUUUCAGGUCAUAAAUGCGGAUACUCCCCGUCUGUCAUCCUGUUUGUUCUCUGUUUAGCCAUUGACUUUAAUUGGUGGUCAGAACACCCAGUCGCAUCAGGCGCAGGUCUUCCAAACCCAGGUUUCAUUGACAUAGCAGACAAAGGCCUCCGGACAGUAAACGCGUGUCAUGCAGUCUCUUCUGUCUAUUUUAUAUCGCCACGCUUUUGUUCUGUGGAGAAGGGCCGACUCCGCCGCCGCCGCUACUGCCUGCGAGCGCAGUAUUAUUUGUCCUGCAUUUUCUGUUUCAGUCGAUACGCUCUAUUCGCAGGACACCGUUCCUGCCCUGUGUGGUAUUCAUUUCCCCGCCAGAAAGGCUGGAACAUCUUCGUCAACUUACGGCGGCCAUUUUUUCACCCACUAUGUGCUCGGUAGGUUGCUUUUAAUAUCCGCCAUCCACCCUCUUUUAUCUUUAUUCUAUAAUUAGCACGAAUGAAGGCGAAAGUUCGAGUCCCAGCUGUAUGCGGAAGUAAAGCAGAAGGAGGGUCGAGCACCGGGACACUUUGUUUUGAACCUCCGAACUCGUGCAGGACUCCAUCGUCAGAGAUAAUUACAGGGCAUUUAGGCCAAUCAUCGACUGACGGUGGAAGAUUGGAGGUGACUGCUCAGGCGCCGGAUCGAUAAAUCAUUUGACUGAGUUCUCAUCCAAGGCCCAGGCUUUAAUCAAUUCUCGGCUUGUUUUCAGCGUUUCGCAGCCAUCAAAAUAGGCGUCAACCCAUUCGUGUUGAAUACAGGACUCACACUUUUUUCCGUUACUGCUAUUGGGGCGGGUAAUCGAGGGCAGCCAAUCGCAGGCAUCCACCAACUCGGAGCCACCCAAUCAGUUCACUAAGCCGUCACGCCACUGACUGACUCUCACGUGACAUUUACACGUCCACGCCAACCUUACUGUGGGACGCGCAUGCGGGCCUCAAUGCCUGGGACCAACGUCAGAUUUCUGUACAGAAUAAACGCCUCCUCUUCCUGGACGAUUCUGAACCGAGAAAUUGUGGUGGUUAGUAGUUGCUACAGCUGCCUUCGGGCGUGGGGGUUAGUCUAAGAGGAGAUCUAUCGGCCGUGCUUGCUGUCGAUGGCGCGUCACUGCAGUUGAUUAGAACAACACGACGUCCACGAACUCACUAUGUCGCGGUCGCCGUUGACACCUCUUGGGUAGACUUGUCGGCUUGGUCUGCUUGUCGCUGAGAGUUAUUCCUCGGACUGGGAGGCUGUGACGUUGGGGAAUUUCUAGUGUGUGCUGCUUUCUAGUGAGUCUUUGGAGGCUAAUGGUACAUUCUCGUGUGGAGGCGGGAGGCAGGUUUCGCUACUUGCCGACUACAAGUCGCUUGGCCAGUAGUUGUCAAGUCGUUUCCUCCCAGGGGGUAUUCUCGAGGCGUGAUCUUGUUGUUCAAAAGUGUUUUACGUCCCGACUGCACUCCGAACCUCUCCGAGGUAACCUUUCCGGUCGACUUCAGAAAGUGGAGACCAGUCUUCAGCUUAUCCCUCUUUCUUCUGUUACAUAUUUGAGCAGAUUGUGUGCAUGACAGAAGGUUGAAUUAAUCUCAGUCAAUGAGGGCUUCUGCCUUUUUCAGCUCGCAGGUUUUAAAAUCUUUCAUUAAUACAUAUACACAGUAUACUAUGCUCUGCUUUGACAUACUCCACUACUGACGUGAACUACUCUUUCGAAACUGCAACUAGUGUCUGAUCGAAGGACGGUCUAUUCUAAGCAGAAUGGCAUUACCGACAAAGACAAAGGAGACUGGAAUGGCCAUUUCUGGCCUAUUAACCGUCGUCAGCCAGUCAUACCCAACCCCGAAGUGUGGAACACGCGAGGCUCGAACUCGCGACCUGUUAAUUAGAAGUCCACUCCUCUAACCACUUGGCCACGAGCCCGUAGCCCUGUCGGUUUUGAUCGGGAAUAUACAAUGGUAGGGAGCGCACACCGAUCGUUCUUACGGAACUCGCUCGUUCCGUUGUGCCUUACGGGCUAUCUCCUUAGCCCAACCAGCAGCCACAUAGCGACGCAUGAUAUGGACAGCUGUAAUCCAAACAAUGGGCAAAGGGGGCUGUUUGCAAACACCCCGAGCGGACGGAUAUGACUGGCUGAUGACGGGUAGCAAGCCAGCAAUGGUCAUUCCAGUCUCCCUUGUCUUUGUCGGUAAUAACAUACUGCCUAUAUCAUGCACCGCUGUGCGGCUGCUGGUUGGGCUCGAGGGAGAGAGCCCAUAAGGCACAACGGAACGAGCGAGUUCCGUUAGAACGAUCGGUGAACACCCCCUAUCAUUGGUCUAUUCUAAGUUGAGAAUUCAUGCGGAAAAUGGGGGCACAUCCACUUGGCUACGUUCGUCCUAGGUUAUUUUGCCUACUUUUCUCUGUUUUCUUUGCUUUCCAGGAUGACGAACUGGCAGCCUGCAUCGAGCAGAGCAAGAAGAUAGAGAUGCAUUAUGGACACUUCUUUGACUUUGUUGUGGUUCCACAGGACUUUCAGUCGGCUCUGCAGGAGCUCCGCAAGAUCGCUCUGAAUCUAGAUCGGAAGCCACAAUGGGUUCCGGCUCACUGGAUUCCACUUGCCAUCGAGGUUGCUGCACAGGCCGCUGAGGAGGCCAAGCGUUCCUCCGCAAACAGCGGACCUUAA